AUGGGUUGUGGCAUGUCAACUCUAGAUCCUGAACAUGAAGGCUUUAAUCGAUACGAAAAUGGUGACGAGGGUGAAUCGUUGCAUGAUAAGAAGAGUAAUAAAGAUGUUGCUAAGGAAAUGAAGCCAUUGGGUGUUGAAGAAUCAAAGGAUAAGGAUGAGUCAAAUGGAGAAAGCUCGAAAGAGAAAUCAAAGAAAAAUGCACAAGAUGAGCAUGAGUUUAGGGAUGAUGACUUCGUUGGCCCGGGUUCACCAAGUUUUAGGGAAUAUUGCAAUGAUUAUGAUUCUGGGGAUCGAAGUUCCAUGGAAUAUUCCAAUGAUAGUGAUUCUUCUAGAAGCAUCAAGAAUGGCAGCGAAACAUUAUUGAACAGGAACAAUAAGCCAAUGAACGAGGAAAGUGUCGAUUCUAACAAGGAAGCUCUGAAGAAAGAGAGAAGAGGACUAGGAUUUAGGAAUGCUAUUGGUAAGCGAAAGGCAAGAGGGAGGAGAAAUCUUCUGAACUUCGCUUGUUAUAGUGGUAACACUGAAGGCCACUGUCAUGGUUCUUCAGACAAAAAUGUUGCAAAAACUGAAUAA